AGGCCACCUGCGCUCACGUGACUUAACGAUAAUAAUAGAACAAGAUUGUAAUAAAUUAACGUUAAAUUAGUAUUGACUGAUUGACCGAGCGGGCACGACCUCUGAUGCAUGUUGCGUGAGCCCCACGUCGUGUGAACCUCAGCCGAGGGCCAACAGGGUUAAUUAGUUCAGAGUCUGUUGGUUAUAGUUGCUCUGAGGAAGAAAAAAAAAAUUUUGCACAGCCCUCUGACUGGACCGGGUAUUCAAUUUAGAAUCGAUGUAUCAUAUGGGAUUUAAAAAUCGAUUAAAUUAUAACAGCAUUCUUUAAAAGGAGUAAGGUUAUCUAUACUAAAAAGCUUGAGAACCAUAGGGGAAGAAUGAUGACGUUAUUUAUCUCGUGUGAAGUUCGGUCCCAAUAAUUUUAUUCAGCAUCUAUGAGGAGUCACUCAAACGAAUCUUCAAAGGACUUUGAUAAAUGACCUGUUAAAGUUUCAAUUGAUUAAACGCGUUGCUCGUAACAGUUUUAUAAGACGUACUCACGCAAUCGUGCUCGAAUAUUACCAAAAAGUUUUCAUGUGAUAUUUUAAGUGAAAUUGAAUGUCCCGCCUUUUAGUCUUGCCGACAGCUGAUUGGUCGGCGUCACGAAACUGCGCGACGCAAUCAGCUGUUUUCUCAUCUCGUGUCGAAACGUUUUUGGAACUGACUUGAUUCUUUGUUACACUUUCUUGGAGUCAUGUUGAAAUAUUAAUUGUGCUUUCGGCUGUAUAUUUGGCAAUAUGGUGGCUAUAACAUAUUGGGGAUUGAUAUCCCCAAAGAAAUUAUUGACACUGGUUGGACAUUUCUGUUUAUGUCGUCGCACAAUGGUGAACAAAAUUUGGUGGCACGAAAUCAAAAGGAAGUGGAGCUGCCUAAAAUCCGAGGUUCCUCAUGCCCGAUUGUUCUCCGAACCAAGAUGGCAAGACCACGUAGCUGUCUGGUACCUGAUAUACCGAUGGCUUAUCUUCUUAAGCUGGAUUUCUAUUAUCAUCCUUUCAAUUUUCGAGGUCGGCAGUUAUGAACCCCAAGGGAACGAUCAGAAAUGGGCAAUAUAUUUAACAAAUUGGGAUUUGGUAUUGGGCGCAGCGCAAGCAUUUCUAGGUUGUUUUCUCGUAUCGAGAAGAUGGAAAUCCCAAAGAGAAUCGAAUUACCAACCUGAUAACUUAGUAUUUGGAAAAUUAGAAAAGGUCUACUGGUUCCUGUUCGUUGCGACUUCUUCAAUAGCGAUCGGUGUCACGGUCUCUUAUUGGGCCGCAGUUUAUGAUCCAAAGAUUCAUCAUGUAGAUCCAUUGAAUAUACUGCUUCACGUUUGCAAUUCCAUAUUAAUGUGCUUAGAUGUAUGCAUUACAAACAUUCCAUUCAGAUUAAAGCAUUUUUGGUGGAGCGUUGCUAUUGUGACAUUAUAUGCAAUCUUUUCAUUAAUUUACUUUUUUGCUGGUGGUCUUAAUAAAGACGGUUACGAUUACAUUUAUAAAAUACUCGACUGGAAGGUACCAGGAAGAACUUUACUUGUUUGCCUAGGGGGUUUUGUAUUUGUAGUAGCAGUCCAUUGUUUGUUAUGUCUCUUUGUGAAAUUCAAAGACCGAUUACAUAUGAAAAUAAAUGAGAAGAGGACUGAUACGUCUAGCAGAUCCGACAAUCAACCGCCGGUAGCAAUAAAACGAAUAGAAAUCAUUGUUUAAUUUAGGCAUAAAUGAGAACCUUGACGUUGCCUCUGUUAAGUGCUCACUUAUUUAAGUAGCUUUUAUUAAAUUCCUUGUUGGAAUCACAAUGUGACGUUGACAGUGAUAGUAACGUUAUUGUGGGCAGGAUAGAUUCCAUUUUCUUUGUUGUAUCGUUGUAUUACUAAUGGUUAGAAACAAAUUUAUACACUGAUAUAUCUGCUGCCAUUAUACAUAAAGAUUUUAAUCAUCAUGAUUAUCAUGAAUGAUCAUAUGAUAGAAAUAUAUCACGUUUCGAAUAACCUUGAGGAUUUUUGUAAAACUGUGUAAGCGAUCCUCGCCAAACUAAGUAUUAUUUUCACACGAAAAUCCCAUUUUUUUAUAAAAAUAGUAAGACGAUAAUUGUCUUAAAUACAUACAUAAGUUAGAAAAAAAAAGUAAUAUCGAUCUAAGGCACAAACCUUAAGUUUGAUUAUCAAAGAAAUAUUGAGCGCUAGAACAUCGUUUUGCAAAAUACACAUUUGUCCCUGUCUUCUAAAAUUUAGAAGAGAUACAGCUUAUUGAUAUGCGACUGAAAUUUAGUAAUUACAUAGGACAAUUUUUUUGUGAUAUUGAGUCGCAAACAACAGUGUUCAUUCCACUUUCUUAUGACGUAUCUAAUACUUAGAAUAACUUGCGAUGCGAAGUAUGGAAUUUGUGCGAAAGUUACGUGAAAAAAAUUAUGUAACGCGAAUACAUGAGUCAAGUUAAUGCGACUACUAUACACAAACCUUCAAUUUCGAAUAACUUAAUAUUUAAAACUGUUAUUGAUUCUUGCGCAUUACGCAAUUGAAAGCUGGAGUAUUAUGAAACCUAGAAUUUACUUUGCAUGCCGUAGUUUCUUUAGAAGAGCAGUAAUUUUAAGUUACGUGCACGUCAAGAAUGUUACAAGAAACUAUAGAAUUGUAACCUGUGCGUAGAAAUUUUAGUAGCAUCCAUUACUGUAUCAUAAGUUUAAGACUUGAGAAAUCUGUAUCUAUCAUGUAAGCCUAUUCCACGAAAUUGAUUAGAAAACAAAUAUUUACAUGGAUUAUUCUAAUGCUCAAUGUUUUUAGAAAAAGAUAUUUAAUUGAGUGUUUAGUAUAUAAUAAACAUUUUUCAUAUGUAUAGGCAGUAUAAAAAAUAAAAGAAUAAAUAAGUGUUCCAACACUGUCAACAAUGAUGGCAAGAA